AUGGCUUCAACUGAUAGUGAGGAGACUAUAAAUGUCCUAUUUUAUGGACUUGGAGCGAUUGGCUCGGUUUAUGCUUUUAUUCUUAGUCGAUGUCCAAAUGUACGAUUGACGGCUGUAGCUAGAUCAAACUAUGAUGCUGUGAGAGAGAAUGGUCUUAAACUCAUCAGUGAGAAUCACGGGGAAAAUACUUUCUACCCAGCCAAUGUUAUCAAAACACCCUCAGAAGCUCCCGGUCACUAUGACUAUAUAGUCUGCUCAAACAAAGCCAUCGAUCAAGAAGUCGUAGCUAAAGCUCUAUCUCCAAUCAUCUCCACCUCAACAAGUAUAGUACUAAUACAAAACGGAGUCGGAAACGAAGAAAUCUUUCAGAAACUAUAUCCUCAAAAUAGCAUUAUAUCCUGCGUAGCCUGGACAGGAGCCAUCCAAAAAACCCUCGGAAUAGUCCAUCACACCAAGAACGAAAAUCUCCAACUGGGACUCUUUAGAAAUGACAAUAUCCCAGAAUCAACCUCGAGUCAACAAUUAAAAAUCUUCGACGAUCUAUUAACCACAGGAAAAACACCACAUGAAGUUUUCUCCCCCGAAAGAUUACAAAUCGCUCGUUGGGAAAAAGUUACAUGGAACUGUGCCUGGAAUUGUCUCACCACAUUAACACGAACACAUACACACGAAUGGUUAAAUUCCUCUCCGGAAGCGAUGAAAAUGACACGAGCGCUCAUGCAGGAAAUUAUAGAAGUAGGAAGGAAAAUGGGAGUAGGUAUUAAGGAUGAUUUGAUCGAGAGGUUGAUGGAGAGGAUUUUGAGAAUGCCGAGUAUUGGGACGAGUAUGUUGACUGAUGUUUUGGCUGGGAGGAGGCUGGAGUUGGAUGUUAUUUUGGGGUUUCCCGUGAAGAAGGGGAGGGAGUUGGGGGUUGACAUGAGGGUUGCGGAGACGGUUUAUACGUUGCUUUUGGGGGUGGAUGAGGGGUUGAGGGUGAGGGGUUUGGAGGGGUGA